AUGUUGGAGUACAAGAUUGUCGUUCUGGGAAGCGGUGGCGUUGGCAAAUCGGCUUUGACCGUUCAGUUCGUCCAGGGCAUCUUCGUCGAGCAGUACAACAACAACUCCACUUUUUGCUGCCUUCUUGAGCCAAAUUCCUACCGUAAGCAGGUGGAAGUCGAUGGACAGCAGUGCAUGCUCGAGAUCCUCGAUACUGCAGGAACUGAGCAGUUCACCGCUAUGAGGGAUUUGUACAUGAAGAACGGCCAGGGCUUCGUGUUGGUGUACUCCAUCAUCGCCCCCUCGACCUUCAACGAUUUGCCCGACCUCAGGGAACAGAUUCUGCGCGUGAAGGACAUGGACGACGUACCGAUGGUGCUCGUCGGCAACAAGUGCGAUCUGACGGACCAGCGCGCCAUCUCGACCGAGCAGGGCGACUCGCUGGCCAAGAAGUUCAACUGCGUCUUCCUCGAAUCGUCGGCCAAGACGAAGAUCAACGUCGAGCAGAUCUUCUUCGACCUCAUCCGGCAGAUCAACCGCAAGACCGGUUCUGGCGGCAAGGACGCCGGCGGCGGUGGCGGCAAGAAGAAGGGCUGCCUCCUCUUCUAA